UUUGAUUAGGGCUGGAGUUGACCUGAUCUCCUUGGAUCUUUAAAACAUAGUUUUUUGUUGCAGCGACACGCUUAUUCGUUUUAUUUUUGUGCGCCUUACUGUCUGUUUUUUCCUGACGCACGAAUUCAGUGCGUUUUCCAGCAGAGAUCAUUGUGCGACCGCAGGUCGGGAGGAUGACAGCUCGAGCGUACUGCUCGCUGAUUGCUGUUUUAUCAUGUCUGUCUGGAUACUUGCGCAUAACCGAUGCCACAAUGAGCUUCCCAACACUGGUGGCCGGUUUCUGUCCGAUGAAGCUGACGGUCGUGCCGUCCCGUCGAGGAUGUUUUUUUGAUGGAGACUGCUCUGGAGGAGACAAAUGCUGUAUGUUUGAGUCGGGGUCUGCCUGUGUGCCGCCUGUUUCCAUGACCUUCCCAACAAUUGUGGCCGGUUUCUGUCCGAUGAAGCUGACGGUCGUGCCAUCCCGUCGAGGAUGUUUUUCUGAUGGAGACUGCUCUGGAGGAGACAAAUGCUGUAUAUUUGAGUCGGGGCCUGCAUGCGUGCCGCCUGUUUCCAUGGAUAGAAUUAUUCAGCAGUCAAUGGUGAAGCCAGGACUGUGUCCACCCCCAACCAAUGGAAGAAGAUCGUGUACCUCAUCCUGUGAUGGUGACUCUGACUGUCCCAACAAUGAGAAGUGCUGCAGCAAUGGAUGUGGACAUUACUGUACGGCUCCAUAUACAGUGAAGCCGGGUCAAUGUCCCAAACCAAAGAACGCUCCAGAAUGUGCUGAAAGCUGUUUCCAUGAUGGCCAGUGUCCUGACACACAGAAGUGUUGCCCAACCACCUGUGGCCAUGCAUGCAGUGAAGCAGAUGAAGGAAAUGGUCAGGGAAGUGGUUACGCAAGUGUUCAUGUAAGUGUUCAGGCAGGUGAUCAUGGAAGUGGUUAUGUGAGUAUUCAGACAAGUGAUCGUGGAAGUAGUUAUGGAAGUGGAAGUAGUUCUGGAAGUGGAGGUGGUUCUGGAACUGGUUCUGGCAGUGGAACUAGUUAUGCAAGUGGAACUAGUUAUGCAAGUGGAACUAGUUCUGGAAGUGGAAGCGAUCAGGGAAGCUGUCAGGCUCAGGGAAGUAGUUCUGGAAGUGCAAGCAGUUCUGGAAGUGGAAGCGAUCAGGGAAGCGGUCAGGCUCAGGAAAGUAGUUCUGGAAGUACAAGUAGUUCGGAAACUGGUUCUGCAAGUGGAACUAGUUAUGCAAGUGGAAGCGGUCAGGCUCAGGAAAGUAGUUCUGGAAGUACAAGUACUUCGGGAACUGAUUCUGGAAGUGCAGCUGGUUCUGGAAGUGGAAGCGAUCAGGGAAGCGGUCAGGCUCAGGGAAGUAGUUCUGCAAGUGCAAGUAGUUCGGGAACGGGUUCUGAAAGUGGAAGCGGUCAGGGAAGUAGUUCUGCAAGUGCAAGUAGUUCGGGAACUGGCUCUGGAAGUGGAAGUAGUUUUGUUUUUAUAUCAAUAUAACUAAUAAUGAUUAUGGCUAUUUCUAAAUAAAAGCAUUAAACAAAA